CAUCUUGGCAACAAAUGAGGAAUGACGGAUGUCGUAUGGUCGAUCAGUCCAAGCUCAAAUCAAUUGUCAACUCUGUAAAAUUAUAUUUUUAGCAAAUUACGAAUGUAAUUUAUCUAGAGUAAACCUCAAGGAUAGUUAUUAUUCAGAAUCCAUUAAUUGUGGAAUAAAGCCACUAACUCUAAUCGACAAAUUGUAAGGAUUAUCUCUGAAGAAUGUCCCACCAAACUGGUAUCCAGGCGAAUGAAGAAUUACUAAAGUUCUUCAGUAAAUGUAGAGAUGGAAAGAUACGUGUUGCCAAAGUCUGUAUAGAAAAUGAACAAUUAACUUUAUCUACACAUCAACAAGUAAAAGGCACUUGGGAACAGGAUUUUGAUAAAUAUGUCCCUCCAUUGAUAGUGGAUGAUCUACCUUGUUACGUUUUGUAUAGAUUUGAUUCAACAAAUUCUCUUGGAUACGAAUGGCUUCUCCUCAGUUGGUCUCCUGAUAGUGCUCCAGUUAGACAUAAGAUGUUAUACGCAUCAACAAAAGCAACAUUGAAGCAGGAGUUUGGUUCUUCACACAUUAAAGAUGAAAUGCAUGCUACAACCAAGGAUGAAGUAUGCUUGAAAGGAUAUAAAGCACAUCUGAGUGGAGUGGCUGCACCAGCUCCACUGACAGACAGAGAGGAGGCCUUAAAAGAAUUGCACCAGAGUGGACAAGAUCCCAAUUAUGGUACAGAUGCUAGACAGUCAACCAUGGGUGGAAUUUCUUUCCCUAUAACAGAGUCAGCUAAACAGGGUAUUCUUGAUCUCCAAAGAGGUUCCUACAAUUAUUUACAAUUUAAAAUAGAUUUAGAAGAAGAAGAAAUUUGUCUAGCCAAGGCUGCAAUCAUAACCCUGGCCGAGUUGCCUGCACAGGUGCCGGCCAAUGAAGCUAGAUAUCAUUUGUAUAUAUUCAAACACACACAUGAGGGCGAUCAUCUAGAAAGUAUAGUAUUUAUAUACUCAAUGCCUGGAUAUAACUGCAGCAUCAAGGAGAGGAUGAUGUAUUCAAGUUGCAAGGGACAGUUCCUUGAAUUAAUUGAAAAGAUGGGUGUUGAAGUCACAAAGCGAGUUGGCGUUGAUGAAGGCAAGGAAUUGACUGAGGAAUUUUUAUAUGAUGAAAUCCAUCCCAAAGUGAACUUACAUCGUCCAGCUUUUGCAAAGCCGAAAGGUCCACCGAAUAGGGGUGCAAAGCGAAUUACUAAAGCACAGUCCACGCAAUAAUCUAUACUUAUAAAUAAUAAAAUAAUAAUAUAAAUCUGAGGAGUUUGUUUGAAGGCAUUCAUCACAGGAACUGCUGGACAGAUAAAAAAUUAUUUCACAGAUGGAUAUAAACAAUGAGCCUGAGUGCUACUUGUUAUAAAUGUAACAUAGGCGAAACCGUGGUUGAUCGCUUGCGCAUUAUACAAGUAAUUUGACAGACUUAAUACAAAAAUUUAUGCCUCAUACAUGAAGGGGUAUCAUAGUAAGCGUACAGUUAGAUGUAUUGCAUAUUGCAUAGACUUUUAAAAGAACUUUAAAUCGACUUUAUUUUUAUUAUGAUAUUCUUGUAAAUGUUUCUCACAUUUUUAAUAUCAUAAUUGUGUCCAAAAUUUAUGAAGAUUGUUAUUAACAUAUAAUUUUUACACAAAAAUAUAGUAUCUUCAUGAUGAGCUUGCACUGUGACUCAUUAGUAAUUGUUUAAAACCUUUUAAACACAUCUAAAAUAUUUAUUUGAAUUAUAUUCAAACUGUAUUUGAUAAAUAUGUUAUUAAUUAAGUUAUUGCUAUUUGUAAUUUUAAGCUAUUUAUUUCUGCAUGACAUGUAUAAUUAUUAAAAUAAUGUGUAUAAAAAUUGUCUUCCUAAUGUUCAUUGUAUGUAAAAAGCAAUUACAGGUUUUUGAUUACAAGUUUUCAAGAUUUACAAAAAUGUUAUCUGUUACGUUCGAAUCAUGUCAUCAGAUUUGAUACAAUAGUUGUAGAUUGAAUACAGUAUAGAUAUUACCCAUGAUGAUUGCAAUGCCAAUGCUAGCAUUGCUUUUUUCAUAUAAGAAAUCACAAUUUAUGUAAUCAUUAUUUUUACUAUUCAUUUUUUAGUAAAGUUAAAUGGUGAUCAAAGAACCUUUUUAAACUCUUUUUUUACAUUAGUUUCACAAAGUCAAUAUCUAGUGCAUAUUUGUGCUCUAAUAAAUUGUGAUUUUGUUUAAAUUUAAAAAUAUACAGUAUUUAGAUAAAAAAAGAAAUAGCAAUGAUCAGUAUUGUUGCAUAAAUUAUUUUGUAUUUCUACUUGUUAAUUGAUACAUAACGAUAUAAUACUACUACUACUAAUACUAUACUACUAUCGAUUUUUUAACCAUUGUAUAAAAGAAUUUUAAAGUUUUUUUUUUUAUAUUUAGUAUUUAUGUAAUACUGUGGAGUGAUUCAUUAUCUUAUUAAAUUCUUGCCCUGUUUUGUUAGGUGUAUAGUAAAAUGAAAGUCAUUUAAAUCUCGCCAGAUAAAUUAUUGGGAGUUUUGAUAAAAAUGUGUUAAAAAAACUUACAAUUAUAAUUAUUUACGAUACUAAGUUUUUGCUUGCACUUGUUUACAAUUUAUGUAAAAAAUUAUCUUGAUUUAAAAUGUUAUAGUAUUAAUGGGUACAUUAUUUUUUUAAAACGCUUUUAAACAGGAGAUUAAUAUAUUAUAUACUUAUGCAUGAAUCUUAUUAUAGUCAACUAUAAUAUAAAAAAAAAUAUAAAUAAACGAUUUUUGUAAUU